AUGGAUAAUACUGAAGAGCUCAUUGAAAAGAUUGCUGAAGACAGUAGCUAUGACAACGACGAGGAUGAGCUCUGCUGGUCCUCAAGCAGUCUGGGUUCAAAUAAUGGGGCGAGGCGACGUCGCGGAAAAACUAGGAACAAACAACGUGUUAAAAUAGUCUAUCUGAGCGAUCAGGAAAAAGCGCUGAUGGACGCUGUUAAACAAGGUAAAGUCAGGCACGUGCACAAACUAUUGGAAGAGGACGGAGUCGAUGUGAAUUUCCGGGAUUCGUUUCAGCGAACCCCACUGAUGAGGGCAUGUCACCUGGACAAGGAAGACAUCCGUUCUCAUUUAGUGCGGUUAUUACUAAGCCACGGGGCUGAUGUGAACACCACAGACAACCAUGGCAGAACCGCGCUAAUGAUGGCGUGCAUGGAGGAUGGCAAAGAUGACGUCAUCAGACUAUUGAUAAGAAGCGGGAAACUCGACCCGAACAUCCAAGAUGAUCGCGGCAAUACUGCUGUCGUUCAUGCGGUGAAACACGCUAAUCAUUCUGCUAUUCGCGUCAUGGUGAAUUCGGCGCAGCUGAAGGGCUUUGUUGAUCUAGAGAGACGUAACAACGACGGCAAUACGCCGCUGAUGUUAGCAGCGAAGUUGUUGCACAAAGAGUGCUGCAAUGUCCUCGUGGAAGAAGGGUACGCAUUAUACGACAAUAUACCGGCUCAUUUGAAGAAAAUGCUGCCCAUUGCUGCUAGACUGACAAGUUUAAAUUUCGAAGAUGACAGUCGAUCCAUGAAACGUAGCGAUCAAAAUAUGAAAUACGGUGGAUUAGCUCGCGGCACUCGAGUGGACCUUGCUAUGCUCAGACUACGUCAGUUUAGCCAAGACAGCAGACGACAAUUACAACAAGGGAAUGAAAUCGCCAAAAAUGUUAACAUGAUUGAUAUUCCAGCUGAUGACGGCGCUGUGUAUCGGGUCGCCACGCUUUCCCCAAUAUCAGACGAGGAUAGCUUAUGCAUGGUCUUUCAAAAGCGGUCUCAUUUUGGCCCAAAAAUGCUUCGGAACUACGAGGUAGUUGAGCCAGAGAGCUCGGCAACAGUAAAAAGAACCGCCUUCAGUACCACUAAAAAUGUGGACGAUAGACGCAAACACUAUCAGCGGUCGUUUUCGGAGUCGGGUAUCAUCCACGGCGAUAGGAGUGCAAAUUUAGAAAUGCGGCCAGCAACAAGUACUCAGAUGGAACCAACAGAAACCAUUGACAAGAUAAUCGAAGAGAUGAAUGAGGUAAAAAGUUUAUCUAAUUCAACAAGUGGCAUUGAAUCUCCAAUAUCCCCACGAAAUCAACUCCCGAAAAUUGUGUCUCCUCCGGAGUCAGGGAACGGCUCAAAGAACGGCAUCAUGGGACAGAUAUCGACAGCGAAAACAACACAAGUCGCCGUGACCCGCAACAAGAAUGGAGCGGAAAGUAAAACGUCGUCGGGGCUAAGUUUGGGCGCAGUCGGUGAAAACAAUUUUUUUUCGUCGUCAAUAGCUGAAAAAGAAGACGACAUAGCUCCCAUGUUGACGUUUCAGAACACUAAUCGUCUGCUACGAAAACACAGCGAAGAAAACCUAACAUUUAAGAUAGGUGUUUCACCGUCAACGUCACCUAAACCUCCCUCCUCGCCAGUCAUGUCAGAUGCCGAAAGCACUUCAAGAAAAACAAGCACUGAAUUUCUUACCGAGGUAUUUGAGUGCAGAGACAGAGACUCGUUAAGCCCUAAUAAGCAAAGUAAAUCUGCUUCAAAGAAAAGAAAGUUAUCUGCAUCCGGAAUCAAAAGGCGUCCUAGAAGGACGUCAUCCAGAGCGUCAUUACGCAGCCUUACCGAGUCUCCCACUGGUUCACCAGCUCAUAAAAGCAAACCAAAAAACGAACGAAAGCGUUCCAGUAAAACAGAUAAGCAUCACGGGUCUGCUGGCCAUAAUACUAGUACAUCAACACCGAAAGUAUCUGUUGACUCUGAGUACGCAACGCCGACCAACGGUUCAUCUAAUGUCACAGAUAUUAAAAAAGAUGCUAUAUCAUCAGCGUCUUCAACGAGGUCAGAAAAACGCAAGCAAAACAGUAUAGACGCAGAAAAGCACACGCCGAGGCGGAGUGUCGAGAAAAAGAACAGAGGCAAAGCCCACGGCACAGUCGUAUAUAAAACCAAAUCCGGAAGGGUUAUUCAUCCGAAUGCAGAAAAGGAUCCACAGUACAAAAAAAUCGUUUCCCUGCGUCAGACGACAGCAUCUGCGGAGAUUGGAAAUGGUUCGGUGACCACACUGCCAGAUUUGCAAUUAGCAAAAGCUGCACAGCCUUCUUCAAGUUGA